ACUGCAAGAGUGUGCCCACUGAGACAAAUAACACAUCUCCUUAAUGAAAUGUCCCCUAUACGAGCAUAACCAGUCAUCCAUUUUUUGUGACCCUAAAAAUAGAUCAAAACACCAGUCUCAGACGUUAAAUGGUGAAGAAUUCCAAAAUCCAUGAGAAAAAUUGCAUUUUUGGGAAGCGUAUUGACGAUCUGUUGAAGAAGUCGGAGGGCCAACGCCCUGCGGAAGGGUACAAGGUGCUGCCUAAUAGUGUCCCCUCUGGAUCUGACAUUCUUCCUCGUUUCUCGUUCCCUAAGAUCUGUUUCCAUAUCCAUGAGGCUCUAGAUUCAUUUCAAUUGCACCAUGGCAUCCCCUGUAUGGAGGCAGCUAGUGUUUCUGGUUUUUUGCGCGCGAAGAAGAAAAGGCGAUUUGGGAAUUCAGGGUUUUUGUUGGGUUUACGUGGUCGUGGUUGGCUGCGUUGUUGAUCACCUGAACUUAAUAUGGGCGGCCAACGUGGCUGUAUCUAUGCCUUUGGAUCUAAAUUUAAAAAUAGUAAAAUCAUUUAUUUAUU